GCUUGCCACCUCCUGGUCCAGCCAUACCUGUACCCUUUCUGCAGGAGUUUCUAACGCCUACAGCAGCUACGGUUGGCACCUUGCGAGCCUUGGCGCGGAUAGCAUCUCCCAUUCGCCCCAACCCCAAACAUUUCCAAGCGGCACUUCCAAGCGACAUCGAACCAUUCGCCGUUUGGUCGGUCAACCCGGCGGCGGUAGCCCAUAGAUAAAUUCAUUCCCUCUUUCCUUCGUUACCCGCCGCCUUUCCUCAUGAUCUCUUUCCGAGCUGCUCGCCUUCCACCGUCUGUAUCUAUGACAGGUCCUACGCGCUCAUUGCGCUGCAUCUCCAGUUCAGCUUCCGUGUUCAAAGCCCUGCCUUUCUUUUUGAAUAACUUGCGCUCUGGCACGGACGAACAAGGACCUGGGAAGCAUCUCCGAAUGCUCAUGUUUGGCAAACCGGGAGCAGGGAAAGGUACACUCUCUGGUCGACUCGUUCAGAAAUACGACAUUUUGUCCCUUUCUACCGGUGAUCUUCUCAGGCAACAUAUAGCCGAAAAAACAGAGAUUGGGCGUCAAGCAGAAGAAAUUGUCGCUCAGGGGCUUUUACUUCCCGAUGAACUCAUGCUUAAAGUCGUCACUAGCAGGCUCAGCCUCGUACAGAACAGGCAUUGGAUAUUGGAUGGAUUUCCCCGCACGCUUGGACAAGGAAAGCUUUUGGACGAACAUCUGCUCUCGCAGAAUACCCCGCUGAGUUUGGUGGUUAACCUUGAGGUACCAGACGAUGUCAUCCUAGGUCGCAUUACCGACCGGUGGAUACAUCUGCCUUCAGGUCGUGUUUACAACUUGUCGUAUAAUAGACCCAAGGUAGACGGUUUCGACGAUGAAACUGGUGAACCAUUAUCCAAGAGGCCGGAUGAUAAUGAGGAGGUCUUCUCACGAAGGCUGAAGCAAUUCUAUGACUCUACUUCUCCUCUCCUCUCUUAUUACUCAUCCCACACCAAUUCGACACGGCUUAUGACGUUGAAGGGACAUACCUCUGACGAGAUCUGGCCCAGACUGGAAGCUACUGUCCUUGGUGCGGCCCCUGGCCUUCGAGAGCGACCAGCAUGGAAGAAGCAUAGCCUGAGCGAAGCUGUUCUGGAACGCAAGGUCAUGGUCGCGGGCAAACCCAAUUGAGUUUAUGAUAUAAUGUUGAUAUUAGACCGACCUUUAGAUGAUGUAGGGUGCCAAUAGCCUCUUUCUGCCUCUUUCAUACAUGCAUAUGGUAUAAGCGCAGCCAUGUCACGUUGUUAUUUUCUGUUACGGUGUACUUGUAUGUACGUAGUAGGAUUAGUAUAGUUUGAUUUGUAAUUACCGCUGCUUCCUUUCAAUUCAAUAGCCUAUUUAAAGUUCGAUGUAAUAAUGUUCAAUCACCGUAAAGCAAACAUUUUUACUGGGUAAAUGCCAUCUGGGAGCCCCUUCUGUACCAGUUCUCGGACUAUAGUCAAGUCGGCAUCGCGGAAUAGCUUUUUGAAAGCAAGAUCGGAUCGGGUGAGGCUAGAAUCAUCGUCAUCGAAGACAGUCCGUGGAGUACCAUCCUUUUCGGAACAGAGGUUUUCUUUCACGAUAAUCAAGGCAUCUUUGUUGCGUAGCGCUUUCUUGCUUCUCCGCAAGAAGUCAAUUAGAUCUGUAUCGUUCAGAUGGCCCAAGCACCACUGACACCAGAUCACGUCGAAUCCAGAAUCCCCAUCGUCCUCUUGAGGUGAAAAUCCAACUCGCCCCAAGAACUUAGCGUUCAGAGAGUGAGGGUGGGAUGGAUCGAAGAUCUGCAGUGGACACUGGAAAAGGGAGACACUUUUGGACUUGGUCGAGAUCCCUGGCCAUCCAGUGGGAUAACCAUCCUCGUCACGAGACCUUGCAAGCUUCUCGCUUGCCUGACCACGGGAGAACGCCUCGCCUAUGAAGUUCUCUACGGGCUCUUGCAGCACCACAUCAGCGAACAGAGGCAGCAAGACGUCUGCAGUGACGCGUCCGAUACCAGCGCCAACGUCAAGUGCGCGUGAUCUGUAAGCAUGGGAUCCAUCGACGGGUGAAGACGUUUUAAGAGCAGAAGGGACAGUGCACAAGUCCGGACGUAUGCUCAUCAGGAACUGACGGGAGCCAAAGGCAUCUACCCUGGGCAAAGAUCCGUUACCGAAUCCACCCAAUACGCCGUUGUAGCUUGCUUCUUGUGUCGUCCAAUAAUCGAUCCCAGUCUUUAGAUCAGGUUCUUGCGGGG